GUUGGGCAACCCCGCCCCGCUGACCCGGCUUCUCCCCUCGCUCGCUCCUGCCCGGCGUGCAGGGCCCGCCGCCGCCAUGUCUGGCCCGUUCGAGCUCUCGGUGCAAGAUCUUAACGACCUGCUCUCAGACGGCUGCGGCUGCUACAGCCUCCCGAGCCAGCCCUGCAACGAGGUCAUCCCGAGGGUCUACGUGGGCAACGCGUCUGUGGCUCAGGACAUCUCUCAGCUGCAAAAACUGGGCAUCACCCACGUCCUGAAUGCUGCCGAGGGCAGGUCCUUCAUGCACGUCAACACGGAUGCCAACUUUUACAAGGAUUCCGGCAUCACCUACCUGGGCAUCAAGGCCAAUGAUACACAGGAGUUCAACCUCAGCGCUUACUUUGAAAGAGCUGCAGACUUCAUUGACCAGGCCUUGGCUCAUAACAAUGGCCGGGUGCUCGUCCACUGCCGUGAGGGCUACAGCCGCUCCCCAACGCUAGUCAUCGCCUACCUCAUGAUGCGGCAGAAGAUGGACGUCAAGUCUGCUCUGAGCACCGUGAGGCAGAAUCGUGAGAUCGGCCCCAAUGAUGGGUUCCUGGCCCAACUCUGCCAACUCAACGACAGACUCGUCAAGGAGGGGAAGGUGAAGCUCUAGGAUGCCCUCAGAGGUCUCACCGGGAGGCCCUGGCCGCCAUGCUUAGGAAACACAGUGUACCCUGCUCCCAGCAUCACAAGACACUUGCCCACGUCCGUCCCAUUGUGGUCCUGGGCCACUCCACCCUUAGGGAGCACAUUGAUGAAGCUUGCUGAGGAGGUCGUCUGUCCUUGUCCCUUGGCUGUCCUUUCCUCUAUGUCCUCUCCCUGAGGUAGGAGCUUAGGGAGGACCUCUGUGGCAUAGAACCAUCUCAGUGACCCAGGGUAGAAGGCCUUGUGAGGGUGUAAGGCCCAAGCCACUCACAGGCACUCCCAUGACCCCCCUCCUCUUCC